AUGGGAAUUGAGAAAGAUGGCGGCCAAGGGACAAAACUUUUGAAAAGCGUGGCUUCAACUUUCCUCGAGUUAGUACCUAAAACAAGUGAUACAUUGCUUUUUCUACAGCAGUCCCGUAGCACACCAAUUCCACUGAAUGGCGUGGUUACCAAACCUGAAGGUGAGACACUACUGACUUUAUUACAAGAUGUCGUUCUUCUGAAACAGGGACUUGCGUCGACAAUGAACCAAGUUACGUUUCUUCAGAGUGAGUUGAGAGAGCAACGAAAACUACACAAGAGUGAAAUAGAAAAUCUACAACACCAGAUGGAAACUCUACAGCAAUUUACCAAUUUGUGCAAUCGGACUAUCCAUAAAGGAAUACAAGAGGCAAGAAAGAACAUGUCUAGUCUCGUGGAAAGUGUUAGACAUUUGAACAGGUCCAUGGAACUCGAUCUCAACAUAGACCGUAAAACAAACGACUCUAGGAGUAGAGAAAUAACAACAAACAUUGUCUUAUCUAGAAUGCAGACAAAGAUUCAACAUCUAGAAACAGAUGUAAACACCAGAAUUAUCUUCACAGCUGGGAGAACAGCCACCAAACAGGACUGGACGGUAGGAGAGAGACUUGUAUUCACAGCUGUGAUUGACAGUCAAGGUGGCGGAUACAACACAAGUACUGGAAUAUUCACAGUCCCUCAAAACGGGACGUACCUCUUCUUCUGUAACAUUUUGACCUAUAAUAACCAUACCUUUAAUGCCGAUAUCGUUGUCAAUGGACAAACAAAAGAGAGGAUUGUUACGAACGCAUAUGGUGUACCCAAAUCCAUAGCGUCAUAG